ACCAACGAGAUUGCCAGCCACGGAACGCCGGUAAUCGCGAUCACCGAAGAAUCGUGCGCCGACCUUUUCGAUUUCAACUCCGGUUACAUCGAACUGUGCUUCAACUACCCGUCUGCAAGCGAAGUCAAAGCGCGAAUCAAGGCGGUACGGGCGCGCGCUACGAUCCAAUCGGAACCGAUGAUCGUGCACGGCGAUUUGACGAUCGACGUAAGCAGUUUCGCUGUCUCGUUGAAUGGUCGCAACAUCGAGCUCACUUACAAGGAAUACGAACUACUGAAACUCUUCGCCUCAAAUCCGGGUCGCGUGUUUCGUCGGGAAGACAUCCUUAAUCGGAUAUGGGGAGAUGACUACUUCGGAGGCACUCGAACCGUCGACGUUCACGUGCGACGGUUGCGCAGCAAAUUAGACGACGUUAGCCACAACGUGAUCGAAACAAUGUGGCGAGUUGGAUAUCGCUUUAGCGUUCCCGAAAGUCCCACCGCUAGAUCGUUCGACGACGAGGCGAAAGAGUUCGUCCUGCGGUCGGCGAAGGAACAAGACGUUCGUUUCAUCCGACUGUGGUUUACAGACAUUCUCGGGUCGGUAAAAGGCUUUGCAAUAACGAUCGACGAGCUGGAGCAUGUGCUUAAUACCGGUGCCAGCUUCGACGGUGCUGUUAUCGACAGUCUCGCCCGUAGCGAUGAAGUCGACACGGUCGCGGUGCCCGACCCAACCACUUGGCAGAUACUACCUUGGCGCCCAAGUCAAGACGCCGUCGCCAGCAUGUUCUGCGACCUCAGCACACCCGACCGGCAACCGUUGCCAACUGAUGGUCGGCACAUUCUCAGAACGGUGAUGCGCAGGGCCAGAAAACUCGGCUACAACUUCUACGUCGCUCCUGAACUCGAGUUCUACUACGCGGACGACAGCGACGAGUACUACAAAUCCGCGAACGACCGAACAUCCAUGAACAGCGGCGUUGAUUACCAGGACGCCAAUAUGUCGGCGCGUUUCAACCGCGCCAGUCGUUAUUUCGAUCAAACUUCACCAGACCUCGGCGGGGCGGAACUUCGUCGAGAAGUCGUUUUGGCCCUCGAAAAGAUGGGGAUUCCUGUUAAACACAGUCAUCACGAAGUGGGCCAAGGUCAGCACGAAAUCGACCUCCGACACACGAACGCGCUUACCAUGGCCGAUUCGGUUGUGACGUAUCGAGUCGUGGUUAAAGAGAUCGCGGCGCGCAUGGGCGGGCACGCGACUUUCAUGCCGCAGCCAUUCUCAGACCGCCCCGGCUCCGGUAUGCACACCAACAUGUCGCUCUUUAGCGGCGACGAUAACGCUUUCUUUUCCGCCGACGAAGACGAGUUUCAUCUCUCCGAAGUCGGCAAGAAAUUUAUCGCCGGUUUGGUGACGCAUGCGCCAGAAAUCACCGCAAUUACCAAUCAGUGGGUCAACAGUUACAAGCGAUUAGUUCAAGGCUCGGAAGCUCCGAUCUUUGCAUCGUGGACUGCUGGCAACAUGAACGACUUGAUCCGAGUUCCCGCAUUCCGGCCUGGCCAAGAAGCCAGUAUGCGAGUGGAAUAUCGAGCGCCAGACGCCGCAUGCAAUCCUUACCUCGCGUUUACCGCAUUGCUUGCCGCGGGUCUCGAAGGCGUCGAGAACGAUUAUCCCCUCUCAACGCCAAUCACUGACACUAACUUUGCAGGGUCCCAUACGUUGCCAAGAUUGCCCAGCUCGCUACAAGAAGCGGUCGCCAUCGCGGACAAAAGCGAACUGUUGAGGAAGAGCCUCGGCGACCGAGCGGUCGACAGUUUCUGCCGCAACAAAUACCUCGAGUGGGACGAGUUCAACCGAACCGUCACUGACUUCGAGACCAACCGAUAUCUCGACGUUCUCUAA